GUCCAGUGUCCAGUGUCCAGUGUCCACCCUUUCACAGACAAUCAAUCAAUCAUCCCAACCUCCCCUUGUCAUCUUUCUCCAAUCCUCGAAUCUCUUCUCUUUGUUCAUAAAAUCUUGAUAAAAUUAGGAUUUCAUAUUUAUCUCCUCAAGAAACCUCAAAUCACAUCACACACAUUGCAAGAUCAAUACAAAGACAUCCAAAACUUAAAACAAUUAGCUUUGUUCGCCAUAAAAAAUUCGAUCCAAAAGGAGACAAAAAAUUCCUUAUUGACCUCUGCCUCGGGUGAUUCUGUCUCACUAAAACAACCAUCCGCUUCUUGUGGGCUGUGGAGACUCGGUAUUGUACUGAACGGCAUUUCAAGAAUAUAUCCUUCUUCAAGUCUAUUUCCGUCACAACUCAAACUAUCAAUCAUCGAUCUUAUUAGCUUUACCCUGAGCUUCUUCACAACUAAUACUUACGAAAUCUCGACUCACAAUAAUCCUUGCCCAGAUUUAUACAUCUUCAACGGUACAAUUGAAGCGGAUCGAUAGCCUCGCGAAUCGUGUUGGAUAUCGAGUUGGACUAAGGAUUGCAUUAUAACGUCACAACCCAAAUUAAGUGACGACAAAACUCCCGACAACCAUCAGCAAACGGCAUAUAACGAAUAAGGAUAACCUCAUCAUCAUUAAAUUCAUCGAAAUAAUUACAAGGAAAGCGGGGCUGCUUCUGCAGCCAGGCAGGUGAAGCACGAUGGGGGCUUGUAUGAGCUCGAAUGUGGAAGAUACGGAACAGAGGAAGAGAAGUCAACGGAUUGAUAAGACGUUGGAAGAGGACUCGAAAAGACUUCGACGAGAAUGCAAAAUCCUUCUACUAGGUAUAUAAUGGACCAUCUUUUGGUCGUCGAGACAAAGACAAAAGUGAUACAAUACUAACCAUCAUCGAAAUAGGUUCGGGCGAGAGUGGUAAAUCAACGAUAGUCAAGCAGAUGAAAAUCAUACACCAGAAUGGUUACACCGUGGACGAGUUAGCUUUAUAUCGAUUGACGAUCUAUAAAAAUUUGAUUGACUGUGCAAAAGCAUUGGUCGGUGCAAUGCGACAGAUGGAGAUCGAGCCAACGAAUCCGGCAAAUAAGGAGUACGGCUCAUUUUUAUUAGAGUAUAUCGUCGACCCGGAUCCUCAUACACCACUUAAUCCCCGAGUUGGUACGGCUGUGGCAUCGAUAUGGAAGGAUGGAUCUAUGGAACGUUUGUUGGCAAGACAGAGUGAAUUCUAUUUGAUGGAUUCGGCACCAUAGUAUGUAAUAUGUAGUCUUUGGGCAUAAAGAAUGGUUCUAACUUCUUAUAGCUUCUUCGAAGAAGCUGGAAGGAUAGCAGCGCACGACUACAUCCCUACCGAAGCCGACGUUUUGAGGGCCAGAACAAAGACAACUGGUAUCUACGAGACAAGAUUCACCAUGGGCUCAUUGAGUAUACAGUCAGUGUUUAUGAUAAUAGCUUCCUACUUUCAACACUAACUUUGCCAUAGCAUGUUUGAUGUGGGUGGACAGAGAAGUGAGAGAAAGAAGUGGAUUCAUUGCUUCGAGAAUGUUACCUCAAUCAUCUUUUGCGUUGCUUUGAGUGAAUAUGAUCAGGUUCUUUUGGAGGAGAGUAAUCAGGUAAGAGUUCCCUCUACCAUCCCAACAACAAUCCUAACAAUAAAUAGAACCGUAUGAUGGAGAGUCUGGUCUUAUUUGAUUCGGUUGUCAACUCAAGAUGGUUUAUGCGAACCAGUAUUAUUCUAUUCCUCAAUAAAGUUGAUCUUUUCAAACAAAAGCUUGGUCGAUCACCUCUCGAGAAUUACUUCCCGGAUUAUUCUGGUGGAAAUGAUCUGAAUAGAGCAGCGAAGUAUUUACUUUGGAGAUUCAAUCAAGUUAACAGAGCUCAUCUGAAUCUAUACCCACAGUGAGUUCCAUGCAAAGUCCCUCCAGGUUGCACACAUCCUAACAUCAAUAGCCUUACUCAAGCCACCGAUACUUCGAAUAUUCGACUCGUAUUCGCUGCUGUUAAAGAGACGAUAUUACAAAACGCUCUCAAAGACUCGGGCAUACUCUAAUCAAACCAAUAGUAUGGCCCAUGAUGAAUAAUGUCCUAAUUUAUAUAAUCCAUCUCAUAUUGACUGGAAACUGGUGUUUGGUUUAGGAGUUUAGGGAAGGAUGUGUGAUAAGACUUCAAGGUGUAUGCUGCAUGAUCUGGAUUUGGAUGACUCUCGGUAGGCAGGAAAGGGGAUGAUGGUAAUGCAUGAACAACGAUUUCUAUGUCGUUUGAAUUAGGUUGGCGGGGUAGGGGUAUCACUUCCAUGAUUUUUAUAUAUGUGUGGAAUUACAUAUUUGCAACUGUGAGGACUCUGGAGUUUCAAGGGACAAUUGGGAAAUGGAUCGACUUGGUAUCUGGGAAAAAUGCGACGAAUGGAUGGACUGGAACCAGCGAGAAAUUAGCAUUUGCAUAUUUACAAAACGGGAUAGAUCAGGAGGAUCUAACCAGUGUCAUUGUCAUCAUAUUGGGCGAGGGGUUGG